CGGGGACGCCGGCGCUUCCCCUCCGCCCCAGGACGCGCACCCGGAGGAGGAGGAGGAGAAGGAGGGCGCCGUCUCCGCAGCAGCAGUAGCAGCAGCCGCCGCCGCAGCCAUGGGAAGGAUUUGACAGGGCUCGGAGCGCUUUUGCCGGUGUGUCGGGGCGCGCGUCCCGCCCGCCGCCCCUUGGCGCAGCGGAGGAGAAGGGGGCGACGAUGAAGACUUUAGUUUUUUUGAAUCACUGAAAAGCCUUAAAAGGAGACUCGUAAUAAUAAUCAUUAAAAAAGAAACCCCAAUGCAAACUGAAACAACCAUGUCUGGAGAAGUGCGUUUGAAGCAGUUGGAGCAGUUUAUUUUGGAUGGGCCAACACAGACUAAUGGGCAAUGCUUCAGUGUGGAAACCUUGCUGGAUAUACUCAUCUGCCUUUAUGAUGAAUGUAAUAAUUCCCCUCUGAGAAGAGAGAAGAACAUCCUUGAGUAUCUGGAGUGGGCCAAACCUUUUACGUCUAAAGUGAAACAGAUGCGACUACAUAAAGAAGAUUUUGAGAUCCUGAAGGUGAUUGGUCGAGGAGCCUUUGGGGAGGUUGCAGUGGUAAAACUGAAGAAUGCAGAUAAGGUUUUUGCCAUGAAGAUACUUAAUAAGUGGGAGAUGCUGAAGAGAGCUGAAACAGCCUGUUUUCGAGAAGAGAGAGAUGUGUUAGUGAAUGGAGAUAACCAGUGGAUCACAACAUUACAUUAUGCAUUCCAGGAUGAAAACUAUUUAUACCUGGUUAUGGAUUACUAUGUUGGAGGAGACCUGCUUACAUUGCUCAGCAAGUUUGAGGACAGACUACCCGAAGAUAUGGCUCGUUUUUAUUUGGCCGAAAUGGUGAUAGCCAUCGAUUCAGUUCAUCAGUUGCAUUAUGUUCACAGGGAUAUUAAACCAGACAACAUCUUGAUGGAUAUGAAUGGACAUAUUCGAUUAGCAGAUUUUGGUUCUUGUCUGAAACUGAUGGAAGAUGGAACGGUCCAAUCUUCAGUGGCAGUUGGAACACCAGACUACAUCUCUCCAGAAAUCUUACAGGCCAUGGAAGAUGGAAAAGGGAAGUAUGGGCCCGAGUGUGACUGGUGGUCCCUGGGCGUUUGCAUGUAUGAAAUGCUUUAUGGAGAAACGCCCUUUUAUGCUGAGUCCUUGGUGGAGACCUAUGGGAAAAUAAUGAACCACAAAGAGAGGUUUCAGUUUCCUGCUCAAGUGACAGAUGUCUCUGAAAGUGCAAAGGACCUCAUCCGAAGGCUCAUUUGUAGCAGAGAGCAUCGACUUGGACAAAAUGGGAUAGAAGACUUUAAGAACCAUCCAUUUUUUGCUGGGAUUGAUUGGGACAACAUUAGAAACUGUGAGGCACCUUACAUCCCAGAAGUCAGCAGCCCUACUGACACAUCAAACUUUGAUGUGGAUGAUGAUUGCUUAAAAAAUUCUGAAACAAUGCCUCCACCAUCGCACACUGCAUUUUCUGGCCAUCAUUUACCAUUUGUGGGUUUCACAUAUACAAGUAGCUGUGUGCUUUCAGACCGCAGCUGUCUGAGGCUGACAGCUGGACCACCCUCCAUGGAUCUUGAUGCCAGCAUUCAAAGAACUUUGGAGGAUAGUUUAGCAACAGAAGCUUAUGAGAGGAGAAUAAGACGUCUAGAACAGGAAAAGCUUGAACUUAGUAGAAAACUGCAAGAGUCCACUCAGACAGUCCAGGCUCUGCAAUAUUCAACAGUGGAUGGCCCAAUAACAGCAAGUAAAGAUUUAGAAAUUAAAAGUUUGAAAGAAGAAAUUGAAAAGUUGAAGAAGCAGGUAACAGAAUCCGGUCAGCUAGAACAGCAACUUGAGGAGGCCAGCACUGCAAGGCGGGAGUUGGAUGAUGCUUCCAGACAAAUAAAGGCUUUUGAGAAACAAGUCAGAACACUAAAGCAAGAGAGGGAAGAUCUUAAUAAGGAACUGGCAGAGUCUAGUGACAGAUUAAAAUCCCAAGCCAAAGAGCUGAAAGAUGCACACAGCCAGCGGAAAUUGGCAAUGCAGGAGUUCUCAGAGAUGAACGAGCGGCUGACAGACUUGCACUCUCAAAAACAAAAGCUUGCCCGCCAGCUCCGAGAUAAGGAGGAAGAAAUGGAAGUGGUGAUGCAAAAAGUAGAAAGUUUAAGGCAAGAGUUACGCAGAACAGAGAGACUUAAAAAAGAACUGGAAGUCCAAGCUGAAGCUGCAGCUGCUGAGGCAUCCAAAGACAGGAAAUUGCGAGAGAGGAGUGAACAGUACUCUAAACAGUUGGAAAGCGAAGUAGAAGGGCUAAAGCAAAAACAGGUUGGUCGCUCACCUGGGGUAAGCAGUAUAGAACACCAGCAAGAGAUCACUAAAUUAAAGGCAGACCUGGAAAAGAAAACUGUUUUCUAUGAAGAGGAACUAUCUAAACGUGAAAUGUUGCAUGCUAAUGAAAUAAAAAGUCUGAAGAAAGAACUGCGGGAUGCAGAGAGCCAGCAGCUUGCCCUCAAGAAGGAAAUCAUGGUUUUGAAAGACAAGUUAGAGAAAACAAGAAGAGAAAACCAAAGUGAGAGAGAGGAAUUUGAAACAGAGUUCAAACAAAAAUAUGAACGAGAAAAGCUUCUGCUGACAGAGGAAAACAAAAAACUUACAAAUGAACUUGAUAAGCUCACUGCCAUGUUUGAGAGGCUGAGUAUGAAUAAUCGGCAGCUGGAAGAAGAGAUGAGAGACCUGGCUGAUAAGAAGGAGUCUGUGGCCCACUGGGAGGCCCAAAUUACUGAGAUUAUCCAAUGGGUAAGUGAUGAAAAAGAUGCUCGAGGUUAUCUUCAAGCCUUGGCCUCUAAAAUGACAGAAGAGCUGGAAGCCCUGAGGAACUCCAGUUUGGGUGCAAGAGCUACAGACAUGCCCUGGAAGAUGCGCCGCUUUGCAAAACUGGAUAUGUCUGCAAGGUUGGAGCUCCAGUCUGCUCUUGAUGCUGAAAUCCGAGCCAAACAGGCUAUUCAAGAUGAGUUGAACAAAGUCAAAGCUUCCUGUAUCUCUACAGAGUGUAAAUUGCAAGAAUCUGAGAAGAAGAACAUGGAGCUGUUGGCAGAUAUCGAAAGGCUGAAAAAGGAGACAGAAGAGCUUAGAUCAGAAAAGGGUGUAAAGCACCAAGACUCACAGAAUUCUUUCUUGGCAUUUUUGAAUGCGCCUACCUCUGCUCUGGAUCAAUUUGAACGCCCUCCUUCCUGUAUUCCAGCUAACAAAGGCAGACGUAUUGAUUCAGUUGAGAAUUUUACAUUGUCUAAUACUCCGUCACGGGAUGAAGAUAGCAAGUCUCACCUCCAUUCAAGAUCAAGGUCUCCUUCUACAGCUAGUGAGAUUGAGCCAAUCGAGGUUACAGAUCAUCCUCCCCGUUCAAUGCACACACCGACCAUGAGGACAGCAUAUAUUGGAUCAGGACUCUCUGCACCAAAGCCUAAAGCCCACCAGUUUGUAGUGAAGUCGUUCAAUACACCAACAAAAUGCAAUCAGUGCACAUCUCUGAUGGUUGGUUUAAUACGACAGGGCUGCACUUGUGAAGUAUGUGGAUUCUCUUGCCACGUGACCUGUGCAGACAAGGCUCCUGCAGUGUGUCCCAUCCCUCCUGAACAGACUAAGGGACCUUUGGGAAUAGAUCCACAGAAAGGCAUAGGAACAGCUUAUGAAGGACAUGUCCGAGUACCGAAACCAGCUGGAGUAAAGAAAGGUUGGCAGAGAGCACUGGCAGUGAUCUGUGAUUUUAAACUCUUCCUAUAUGAUGUAGCAGAAGGAAAAGCAUCCCAGCCCAGCGUGAUAGUGAGUCAGGUCAUAGACAUGAGGGAUGAAGAAUUCUCAGUGAGUUCUGUCUUGGCCUCGGAUGUCAUUCAUGCAAAUCGAAAAGAUAUCCCCUGUAUCUUCAGGGUUACAGCCUCCCAGCUCUCUGCAUCCAGUAACAAGUGUUCAAUCCUGAUCCUAGCAGACGGUGAGAAUGAAAAAAGCAAGUGGGUAGGCGUGCUGAAUGAACUGCAUAGGAUCUUGAAGAAGAACAAACUCAAAGACCGCUCAGUCUAUGUUCCCAAAGAAGCUUAUGACAGCACCUUGCCCCUCAUCAAAACAACACAGUCAGCAGCAAUCAUAGACCAUGAAAGAAUAGCUCUGGGGAAUGAAGAAGGGUUAUUUGUUGUGCAUGUCACCAAAGACGAGAUUAUCCGUGUUGGUGACAAUAAGAAGGUUCAUCAGAUUGAGCUUAUACCAAGUGAACAGCUCAUUGCAGUAAUCUCAGGACGGAACCGUCAUGUGCGGCUUUUCCCUAUGGCUGCCCUGGAUGGAAGGGAGACUGAGUUUUAUAAGCUGGCAGAGACAAAAGGCUGUCAGUCAAUAGUUUCUGGACACGUGCGCCACGGAGCUCUUACCUGCCUGUGUGUAGCUAUGAAAAGACAGGUCCUCUGUUAUGAACUAAAUCAGAGUAAGACGCGUCACAAAAAGAUCAAGGAGAUCCAGGUCCAGGGGAACGUCCAGUGGAUGUCAAUCUUCAGUGACCGUCUUUGCGUGGGCUACCAGUCAGGUUUCCUAAAAUAUCCCCUUCAUGGAGAAGGCAGCCCAUACAGUCUGCUCCAUCCAGACGACCACACACUAUCAUUUAUCUCACAGCAGCCAACUGAUGCCAUCUGUGCAGUCGAAAUCUCAAAUAAGGAAUACCUGCUGUGUUUUAGCAGCGUCGGGGUUUACGUUGACUGCCAGGGCCGAAGAUCAAGACAGCAAGAGUUGAUGUGGCCUGCAACUCCAUCUUCUUGCUGUUACAAUGCACCAUACCUCUCUGUGUACAGUGAAAACGCAAUCGACAUCUUCGACGUGAACUCCAUGGAGUGGAUUCAAACUAUUCCUCUCAAAAAGGUACGACCCUUGAAUACAGAAGGAUCACUAAACCUUUUAGGCCUGGAGACAGUUAGAUUAAUAUAUUUCAAAAACAAAAUGGCAGAGGGUGAUGAACUCGUGGUCCCUGAGACAUCGGAUAACAGCCGGAAGCAAAUGGUUCGAAACAUCAACAACAAGCGCCGCUAUUCCUUCAGAGUCCCAGAGGAGGAGAGGAUGCAGCAGAGAAGGGAGAUGCUACGUGAUCCAGAAAUGAGAAAUAAGUUAAUUUCUAACCCAACUAAUUUUAACCACAUAGCACAUAUGGGUCCAGGAGAUGGUAUACAGAUUCUCAAAGACCUUCCAAUGCAGCGUUCCCCUUAUCAAUUCCCUCAUCACCACUCCCGUCUGAUCUCCUCUCCGAGCAACUUUGAGCACAUCUACCACAUGACCGUUAAUUCAGCUGAAAAAUUCCUCUCUUACGAUUCCAUAAACCCUGCAUUUUCCCCGCCUCCACGCUCUGUCCUCGGUACUCCAGACUUUAUGACUCUGAGGAAUCUUCGGCCUCAGGAAAGCCGGACCGUGUUCAGUGGCUCUGUCAGUAUCCCAUCGAUCACGAAAUCCCGCACGGAACCGGGGCGGUCGAUGAGCGCAAGCAGCGGGUUAGCAGCACGAUCGUCUGCACAGAACGGGAGUGCUUUGCGCAGGGAAUUCUCAGGAGGGAGCUACGGAGCAAAGCGUCAGCCCAUGGCAUCACCCUCAGAUGGGUCCUUAUCCUCUGGUGGCCUGGACCAAGGCAGCGAUGCACCAACAAGGGACUAUGAGCGAGAGGACUCUGACUCUCCAAGACACUCUACAGCAUCAAACAGCUCCAACCUCAGCAGUCCUCCCAGCCCCAUCUCUCCUCACAAGACCAAGAGUCUCUCCCUGGAGAGCUCUGACCACGUGAGUUGGGACUCAUGAACUGCUUCAGCAUUCAGAUUUGACAUCACAUCAGCUUGCUGUCCCCAUGGCUGUCCCCUUCACUUGCUCCAGUUCUCACCUUCAUCAUCCUAACCCUCCACAUUCCCUGUCUGAAAGUGAUCUGGGAGUGGGGUACAGAGGAAGGUAAAAGCUGGUCGUCUUCAGCACCGUGCGGCACUGCCUCACCCUCCCUUCCCCAGAUUUGACAGCAGCAAAUGAGCAAAGCUAGGGUGUUGGUAAAUAUCAGAUGCUGUAGAUUUGUAUUAGUAUUGGUUUCAUUUUUGUGGUUACAGCUGCUUCAUUUUUAAAGACAUAUUUAUCCCACUCCCACUUCCCAAAAGGUAGCGUAAGUAGACCAGACCAGUAUCAAUAAGAGAAAAUUCAGAGGGAUUUUGUUUUCAUACAAUAGCUCAUUGUACUGUACAAAAGUAGCACAGAGACCCCUUCCCCUGCAUGGGGAAUGAUCAGUAUGUCAGAGGCACAUAAAAGCUUUCAGCCACCACGUUUGAAUGUCAAUCUGAUUGUCGCCAGCAAAUCCUUAUUGAUUAAAAUGAUGCAUAUUUUACUACAGUACAGAGUUUAAAUAAAUACGCAGAUGUUAGAGUAAAAUACGUAUGUAUAUAUUCAAAGAAAAAAAAGCAUUGUGUAUGCAGCAGAAGAUGGAUGCUUAUUUAAGAGAGCCUUUAAUUUAAGAUUUGUGUUGUCCCUGUUUUCAUGCUCAGUAAUAUACAGACUCAGAGGCCUGGACUAAAACCUUCCGCAGGACAGAAUUUCUGUUUGCACAGCGCUCGCUGCACUGCCGGGAGAGGCCCCUGCAGUGCUUUCACAACAUUUCUUUAUUUCUGGCCAUAGCCUAACUGAAGCUGUAAUUCCUACUCUCGUGUUAGUCCCCAUCCUUUGCAAAAAUGACAACAAUUGGAAGCAACCCCCUGCCCCGACAGCCAAGGGCCCCAGUCAGCCCGGCAGCUGCCCUGGUUUCAUGCGUUGUUCUAGCUGUGCAGCCAGAGCCUGGCAGCAUGCUACAGGAGAGGUCCUUCAGGCAGCAAGGAAGUUCAGUGCAGCAGGAUUCAGCAGGAAAACUGUUUCCCUGGGUCAGCCUUUGAGCAGGUUUAACUCGGAAGAGAGCAAUCUUCCACAUCUCCUUGACCAUCCUUAAACAGAAAACUGUUGCUUUUGUUACCAAAUACUAAACACUAAUACACAUCAGCCAAACGAGUGCCCUUAGCCCAAAGCUGGUCCUGGCUGGCUUUGCUGUCACUGUAGCAACAAAGAACCUUGAAGACUGACCUCACACUGUUCACACUGUGGUAGUCGGAGAUGCCUAGUGACCCAAAACUGCCACACUGGCAAGGUUGGUUUUCCUCUCCCUCCCUACUUGUGCUGUGGGUUUGUGCAAUUUGCCGUUGUUUCUAUGUGCUCACCUGCUCUUUGGUUCCAAAAGCAGGGCAGGUUGGAGGGCAGAAAGUAUUGCUGUGGAAGACAGAGCCCUCUGAAGUUGCAAAAAUAAAUAAAAAGCUGAAGCUGGUCACGCAGUCAACAGAAUAAAAUGAAAAACUGAUGUACAAAUGGAUGGUAAGAGGAAGAUGUCUCUUCUCUUUAGUUAGCAGGACUGACACGUUCUUCAUUUGGGAGUGUGUUCAAAUGAGCCUCUCUUCUCAGUAGUAUUUGUUGCCGACUUUAUACUAUGACCAUACUCGAACACGCAAGGGCUUUUUGUAUGUAGAAUACUGGUUUUUGUGGGUUUCGGAAACUUGUUAUUGCUCUUAUUAAGCCAUUCCAUAUUCUUGCAGUCAGCAGUUAUGUAGUGUUCUGCCCACGUAGAGAUGUUUGGAGUUUUCCAGUUUCUGUUUUCCCUAAUAGAACUUAUAGGUAAGUUCAAACCAUGUACAGUAAUUUCCAGGUAUGAUCUAAGUGUGAUAUAGGGAACAAGACACAGAUCAUCUAAUCCAUUUAAUCAUGCUGGGUCUCCUAGUUAAGAUUUCUCUUCCACUCUGAAUCAAGAGGUUUGUCCAAGUUUAAGCUCAUUCAAUGUUACUUUGGGACAGGAAUUCAAGAAAUUGUUGUAGAAACCAUCAUAUCAAAAGCCUGUCUCUCUCCUUUUUGGGUAUUUCAGAGUAGCAAGCUGGUUGUGUUGUUUGUUUUCACUUCAAAGCUACUACUUUUGCAAGCCUGGCAUUUGAAAUUAAAAGCUUUAGCAAACAGCUAAGCACUUGAAAGUAAUUCCUCCCAGAAAGUUUAUGUAUUUCUGAGGGACAGAUAGGCAGGGUGUUAUUGGCAUUAUUAAAAUUCCACAUCAGCUUCUUUUUAAAGGCUGCAUAUUGCUUCAAGUAUAGCCACUGCUUUUUCCCCACAAUUCCCUUGUUUUGGUGAAGCAUGUCCACACUUUCCAAAGCCUUUGCAGACUAGUUUGUAUUUACUUACUGUAUGUUGUAUUUAAACGAUAAUCUUAUUUUGAUGUUGAGAGAAGGCAUUUAAACAGCAGUCACUGAAGACAGAGCAGCCUGCGUGACAGUCCCCUGAGAGAGGGUCACAGGAUCUUUUUUUGUGGAUUUUUUUUUUUGCAGUUGUGCUAAAGCUCUAUCUGAAAAUGGAACCCAAAGAGCCACGACACAGCAAACAAUUAAAUCAAGUAAACCCCAGUGUUUACUCCAUUACAGUGCCUGCAGUCUAUUGAUAUCAAAAACCUGACAUUUUCAGGCAGAGUGUAGGUCAGCUGUGUUACAACACUAAGCUCCAGAGGAUGAGAGCUCCACAGGCCUACGCUGUUUGUACACUACAAUUUCUAAGCCUUGGCAGUCUCCUUUAGGAUUACUGUAUUUAAUGAUUACUUUGGUACUGUACAUUUUUAUACACAUCUGUCCAAAAGAGAAACAGCAACUGUUCUCUCAGUUGAAAAGCAAAUGACCACAUCACUUACUAGAAAAGAGUAAAAUUGUCCUAGGACUUACAUAGUUUUAUACAUUUGGGGACCAUUUGAUUGCAGACUCAAUUCUAAACCACACUCAUCUUCUUUUCGUUGGUAUGCAUACUGCAGCUGAGCUUUUUUUUAAAUACUCAUUGGGCUAGGAAAAGUAACUUGGUCAUUUGAACUGUAGGACUCUUGACUGGUAUCUCCGAGACAGUUGUCUCCUGAGGUUUGAUGUUUGCUCCUUUGCACUGUAGCACUGCUUCAACUUCACGGUUUGAGGGCUGCGUUUUGUUCAGGGAGCUUAAAAUCUCCCACUGCUACAAGACUGUAGCUCUUGUUCUCUGUACACAGUAUGUAUCUAGAUGAUUUUUUUUCCUUCUGGCUGAGACUGAAGGUGUUUGUUUGCAUUUUUGACAGUGCUUAAAGAGAUGGGUGGUUGGGUUUUCGCAUUUUUUUUUCCUCUUUUGAUGGCAACGAGGAUCUGAACCCAGAUUCAGGCAGCUACUAAGGAUUCCAGGUUAUAGAAUGAAAGAAGUUUGGUAAAUAGUUUUCCCCUGCACGUAUGCACACACAGAUAUGUGGCUUCCUUCCACAUUUCAUAAACCCAAAAGCAGGGUUAUAGUACUCUCUUCUCUCUUGCCUUUGGCCUGUAGAAGACAACUGGUGGUUUGAAAAAAACAUUCCUGAGGCUGUGGUGAAGUAGUUGCUUCUUUUCCCCUCCAGUAGUUGCUGUGGCUUGUUACGAAUGUACAUUUUGCCCAUUUAAAUGAGUUUCAAAACUGAGUCAGGAAUGUUCUCUCUUUGAUUUGAUUCUGAUAAAAUUACAAACCAGGUGUGUUAUUCUCAGGUAUAUGGCAGAGGGAAAUUAAGGGUCUUGUCAUACCAGAAAACUCCAAAAAUCAUAGUUUAUUUAUAGAAAUGAAGUUUAAUGGGUUCAUAGCAUGUGUCAGCCUUUCAAAACAGUUGAAUUAUUAACACAGAAACAGAUUCUGGCACCUUGUUGUCUUGCAUGGCCAGACCCUGAAUGACAGGACAAACAUGCUCUUGGGUGGAAAAAGGGUUUCUUUUCCAUUUUAUGAAUACUGUUUAAUUUUAAAUGAAUGCAUUAAGGGUAAAAUUUAUUACAGUGCAAGUAUCCACAGCUCCUGAGCCUCUUAGUCUGAGAAUCAAAGUGGCACAGGGUAACUCCUGCUGUGGGUUCUUUUGUUAAUACGAGUCAGUUCCAUGGAGGGACUGGGACAACUUCCUGCACUAACACAAAAUGCACUCUUCUGUGCACUUUGUGUUCACUCUUUAUUUGAUAAACACCCCUAGAAACCGCUCUGCUGCAGGCUUUCCUAUCUGAAUUCCAACUCUACUCUCUCAUUCCAGCCGCAGCUCAGUAAAACCUGUUUUGAUUCUGCAUUUUAAAAAGUCUCAUCCACAGGGAAGAAAUCCACAAACAAGCCAGUGUUGGUAUUUCAGAGCAAUUAUACCUGCCUUUUUAUGUAUGACAGUUUCAUAUCAUUUAUUUUUAAAAUACGUUUUUUAGGUUUUUCAUUGUAAUAUUAUUGUACAGUUUUGCAUGGCAUAGAUGUAAUCACUUUUUUGUUUUAGAGUAUAAAAGCUGACAAGUGUGCGUGUGGGGGAAAGAUUCUGCUUUUUGCCUCUUCUCACUCUUUUGUUUAAUGCCCUCAAUGUUGUAGGGGACAUUGUAAGAGAUUCUCUGCUACAGAACAAUGAUGUAGAUUCUUUUGCACAGAAAUAUUUAAGGUGGAAAAGUCAACAAUGUAAAAAUGACUUACCACCAAUAUUUUAUGUUGGUAACACACUUAAUAUUAACCUACUUUGAUGUACUGCAAUAAAACAGGGAACUGUUAGAAA